AGCUCCAAUCCGGGUCUUUAAGGCCCGGAACUCCAUUCUCCACUCUUUUCUCAGUUAUAUUUUAAUAUUUUAGUUUAGUUUUGUUCUGGUUGUCCCAAAGUGGCUCCGAGUCUGCUCUCGGUUGUAAGUUUAUUUUUACAACUUUUAAUAAAAUGUUCUUUUAUUUUAUGCACUAUUAAUACUAUAUUUAGUAUGGGUCUAUUGUCGUCGUACAAGGAUGAAAUCCACUCGGGUGGGUUUUGGUCCAAAGCCACCCGGGUGAUCACUUAAAGUCUCCGUAAUCCACACCCGGAAAGAAAAAGACCGGAUAAGGCUGCAAAGCGCUAAAAAGAGAGAAGGGUUUGUGGUCAGUGGAAGGAGCAACAAUGGCAGCCAUUCCGUUAGGAACCUGGCUCUGCGCAGGAGUUGGACAAAGGCCUGGACCCUCCGCAGCAGCUUCUCUCUCGCUCAUCUCUGGUUCGAGAACAUCGUCUUCCUCCGUCUCUCUCAAGGUCAAUGCCCUUAAGCCCAACUCUCCUCCCCCGUUCCUUCACUGCUCCUUUCUCUCUGCUUCUUCCUCGCUCUCUAGCUCAUCCGCUUCCUCCUUCUCAGGUAAACAAAGUAAUUUUGUUCGGUUUCUCGGUCAUGUGUGGUUGUUUCGCUAUGAUUGGGGUGUUGAUGCCUUUCAAUGUUUAGGCUCUUGGUUAUUGAUGUUAGGGUUUUUGUUAUCCAUUCCUGUAACUAGGAUUAGGAAGGAAUCACAAAAAAAAAUUGAAUUAUAAUUUGGAGAAAUGGAUCGUGAAUUUUGGGAAAUUGAUGAAAAAAAUCUUCCAAUUCUGGUUAUUACUGUAAUAUUCAACCUUAGGGUACUGGUUGGGGCAAUCUGUGGAAUGUUACAGAUAGUAAUGGAAGAGUGGUGAAGUUGACAUUUCAUUCACUCUUGAACUUGAUUGGAGGAUUACAACAAAUGCUGAGAAUUGUAAUUGUUUGAACAUUGAACUCUCUCUUUCUCUUUUCUUCUACUAGAUUUUGCUAAGUGAAAAUCCAUCAACAUAAAUAAAAUUGUAGGUUCCUCGCUAGGGUUUAUCUCCAAUAAUAAGAGUGGAGUGAGCAGAGGUAGAAGGGCUGGACUAGUGGUGAAGGCAGCAAAAUAUUCUCUUUGCCAAACCAAGAGGAAUAGAUCUAGAAAGUCUUUAGCACGGACACAUGGCUUCCGAAGGCGGAUGCGCACUACCAGUGGAAGGGCACUGUUGAAGCGAAGACGGGACAAGGGUCGACGGGUCCUCUGCACAAAAUCAAACCCAAGCAGUGGAAAACGGGUUUGAUCUGCUAUUUGUUUUUGGUCUUGUGUGCUAUUUCUUGUAGGUAAAUACUCCACACAAUCUUUUCUUUCUUGGAACUACUUGCUGUUGCCCAUUUCUUUGUCUUGCUGUUCUUGUUCACCAAAUGUGCAUCUAAUUUUGCAAGCUCAACCAGCUGUAGGAAAAAAAACAGCACUAAGAUGAAGAGUAAUGACUUGUGUGGUUUGUUUUGCUUGAGUACAUUAGUUAUGAAGUUCCAUUUUUUAGAACUAGCAUCUUCACCUUCUUCAUGUUUCUAAUAUACAAAGAGAACAAUCAAUUGUGAUGUGUUGUUCUUUAGUGGUUGUUUAGAUUCAAUAAGAUGGGAAUUGUGGAAUAUAUACAUUAGUGGAUGUAAAGUUUGAGCCCAACUUGAAGAUGAUUGAAAUGGUGCCAAAGCUUAGAGAGAGCAACUCAUCUUCCUACAUUUUUGAGAUUGUAUGAAAGAGUAGUUAUACAACUUUGUACGGAGGACUUCGUAUUUUCCCAUCAUCCGACCCGCUUCUUCUUCGGUGCUUCGGGAAGAGCCCCAACCCAUACCCUUUGGCCUUCUUCCUUUCAUGGCCGUGAGGCGGAGCUGAGGUGGUCGUCGGCCCGAUGGCACCACACCCAACAGCCUCACCCAAGUCUUUUGGACGCGCCAAUUAUGUGAUGCCGUUAUGUGCUAUUUGGACGGCAAAAAAUGUCUAAAUUAUGU